CACAUGUUCUAAGAUAACUUUUUAUAUAAAAACUCGGAAAUUUUAAGAAGCAUCACUAUUAGUCGCAGCAACAAUAAGGCAAACACUAAUAAAAAAUGAAAUUCUUCAUCGUGUUCGCCCUCUUCGCCGCGGCUUCGGCCAGCAUCCUGCCGCCGGCAGUCAUCGCCAGCACCAACCCCGAGGUGCAGGAGAUCCUUGCCUCUAUCCAGAGCCCGAGCACCGACCCCGCCACCGCCGCCGCCCUCGAGCAGCUGCUCCUUGAAGUCCUCGGACUCGCCAAGCCCGAGCCCAUCCACGUUGGACCCGCUAUCGUUGGCGAGCCCAUCCACGUCGGACCCGCUAUCAUCGACGAAUACGAGCCCAUCCACAUUGGACCCGCAAUUGUUGAUGAGCAAGAAGUUGCCCCCGUCAUCCCUGCUCCCUCUGCUCAAUCUCCACUUGUUCAAAUCAUCUUGAAGAUCAACGCCCCUACCAACGUUCCUGGUGCCCCCGUUGUCGUGGAGACCAUCCCUCCCGCGCCCACUCCCGUCCAAGUUGUUGAGGAGGCCGAGAACCCCGACUCCGUUAUCAUUGCCGACAGCCCCAUCAUCGCUGAACCCGUCAUCGUUGCUCCAGUUGUCCCCGAGCCUAUCCUCAUCGCUGACCCAGCUAUCGUGGCUCCCAUCGUCCCCGAGCCAGUGCUUGUCGCUCCCAUCAUCCCCGCUCCCGCUGUUGUUCUGCCCGACAUUCUUAACUAAGCAAUGAAUACAUUAUAUAUUGCGCAACAUGUGAUUACAUAUCACAAUUUGUCAACAAUGUGAAAUAAGUUCUUCUUCACGCAAUAAAGAUGUUUUUAUAAA